GAAGCGGAGGAGAAACUAGAUCCUUGGGUUGGAGCAUAAGCGAAACUAACACUCCAAAUCUCUCACUAAGAUAAAUUAACCAUUUUUUUCCUUCACUUUCUGCAUUUGAUCUAAUGGAUUUUGUAAGUUUCUUAUAGAUCGGGAAAGAAGAGAAUGGCGAACUAUCUAGCUCAGUUUCAAACAAUCAAGAGCACUUGUAACCAUCUUAUCAUUGCUGUUGAAGAUGUCAGUGACUUGUGGCCUACUGUCAAGAAUAGUUUUGAAGAGCGGCUUCCAUUCAAAAGGUCUUGCUUAAAUAACAAGACCCGGAAUCCUGUGUUUGUAGAGAAUUUGCCAGCUGAAUACAUAUUAACAACUGAUGCAAGACUACGUAGCAGAUUUCCUCAGGAGCAAUAUUUAUUUUGGUUCCGAGAGCCAUAUGCAACUUUGGUUCUUGUUACAUGUGAGGAUCUUGAUGAGUUCAAGACCAUUCUUAAGCCACGCCUGAAAUUAAUUGUCCAAAAUGAUGAGCGUGAAUGGUUUAUUGUAUUUGUGUCUAGAGCCCAUCCCAACAAUGAUCAGGCCACUAAAAUGGCAAAGAAAGUAUAUGCCAAACUUGAAGUUGAUUUCAGCUCCAAGAAGAGGGAAAGGUGCUGCAAAUUUGACAUAUAUGCCCCUGAAGCAAAUUUUUGGGAAGACUUAGAGGCCAGGAUUAUGGAGUCUGUCAGAAAUACAUUGGAUAGGCGUAUACAAUUCUAUGAGGAUGAGAUACGCAAGCUUAGCGAACAGCGUUUCAUGCCAAUUUGGAACUUCUGUAAUUUUUUCAUUUUGAAGGAAAGCUUGGCAUUUAUGUUUGAGAUGGCUCAUCUUCAUGAGGAUGCGUUGCGUGAAUAUGAUGAACUAGAAUUGUGCUAUUUGGAAACAGUUAAUAUGGGCGGGAAACGUAGAGAAUUCGGAGGACUAGACCAUGGUGAUGAUCAGGCAGCACUGCUCAUUCCUGGAAACAAAUCUCUAACACAGAUUGUCCAAGAUGACUCUUUCAGGGAAUUCGAAUUCAGACAGUAUCUCUUUGCUUGUCAAUCAAAGCUUUUAUUCAAGCUGAAUCGUCCUUUUGAGGUUGCUUCAAGGGGUUAUUCAUUUGUAAUUAGUUUCUCAAAAGUCCUGGCUUUACAUGAGAGUAUUUUACCUUUCUGUAUGCGUGAAGUUUGGGUCAUCACUGCAUGCUUGGCUUUAGUCAAUGCAACCAAUUCUCAAUAUAAAGAAGGGACUGCAACCCCUGAAAUAGAAAGGGAGUUCUAUCGCCUUCAAGGUGAUCUUUACUCAUUAUGUAGGGUUAAGUUCUUGAGGCUUGCGUAUCUAAUUGGAUAUGGAAUAGAGAUAGAAAGGAGUCCUGUUAACAGUGCUUCUUUGAGCAUGCUACCUUGGCCCAAGCCAGCAGUUUGGCCUUUGGUUCCUGAUGAAGCUGCCUCUGAGGUGCUUCUGAAAGAAAAGAUGAUUCUGCAAGAAAAUCCUAGAGUCAAGCACUUUGGCAUUCAGAGGAAACCCUUGCCACUUGAACCUACUGCCCUUAUUCGGGAGGCAAAUCGGCGGAGGGCUUCCCUUUCUGCUGGAAACACAUCUGAGAUGUUUGAUGGCAAACUAGGCUUUGCUGAUGGAUCAGGGUCAGAUGCAUCUUCAAAGACUUCCCCAUCAAGUAAAGCGCAAGCAAUUUCGAUGUCUCGUACUUACUCCACUCCUGGAAAUUUUGAGGGCUCUAUUGAUCGACCCAUGAGGCUUGCUGAAAUUUUUGUUGCUGCUGAACAUGCUCUGAAGCAAACAAUUUCAAAUCCUGAUCUGCUGAAAACUUUGUCAUCCAUACAGGAUAUUGAGCAAAAAUAUAUGGAUCUCACUAAAGGUGCUGCUGACAAUUACCAUCGUUCUUGGUGGAAAAGGCAUGGAGUUGUCCUUGAUGGUGAAAUUGCAGCCGUUUGCUUUAAGCGUGGGAACUUUGACCUAGCUGCAAAGUCAUAUGAGAAGGUUUGCGCUCUUUAUGCUGGUGAAGGGUGGCAAGAUUUAUUGGCUGAAGUACUGCCGAAUUUAGCUGAAUGUCAAAAGAUACUCAAUGACCAAGCUGGCUACCUAACAUCUAUUGUACGAUUGCUUUCACUAGAUAAAGGUUUAUUCUCAGUGAAGGAACGCCAAGCUUUUCAGUCAGAAGUUGUUAGUCUUGCACAUAGUGAAAUGAAGCACCCUGUUCCGCUUGAUGUAUCAUCGUUAAUUACAUUUUCUGGAAAUCCUGGGCCUCCUUUGGAGUUAUGUGAUGGGGAUCCUGGUACCUUAUCUGUAACAGUUUGGAGUGGCUUUCCUGAUGAAAUAACUCUUGAUUCUCUUACUCUCACUUUGAUGGCUACGUAUAAUGCUGAUGAAGGUGGUAAGUUAAGGAGCUCUAGUGCCACUGUUCUAAAGGCUGGUAGGAAUACAAUCACCUUUCCUUUACCACCUCAAAAACCUGGUUCGUAUGUCCUGGGAGUUCUUACUGGACACAUUGGACACUUGACUUUUAGAUCUCAUAGUUUCUCCAAGGCAGGUCCAGCAGAUAGUGAUGAUUUCAUGAGCUAUGAGAAAACAACCCGGCCUGUCUUGAAGGUUUCCAAACCAAGACCUCUGGUUGAUCUAUCUGCUGCUAUAUCAUCUGCCUUGCUGAUUAAUGAAGCUCAGUGGAUUGGAAUUAUAGCGCAACCAAUAAACUACUCCUUGAAAGGUGCUGUCAUGCAUAUUGAUACUGGUCCAGGUCUGAAGAUUGAAGAGUCGCAUUCCAUCGAGAUGGAGACCUACAUAAAUGCUGCUCAAAUUUCCACUGAUAUGGCAAACUCUGGUGAUGCUAGGAAAGAUGGUAAUAAAAACUUUGAGCAGCUAAGUCUCCUCGAUGGUAAAAUAGAGUUUCCAGAUUGGGCCAGUAAUGUGACCUCAAUUCUUUGGAUUCCUAUUCGUGCUAUUGAUGAUAAGCUUGCAAGGGGGUCAUCUUCAGGGGCCCCGCAGAAACAAAGUAUCGUGGAUGGAAUGCGGACAGUAGCUUUGAAACUUGAGUUUGGAAUAUCAAACAACCAGAUCUAUGACCAAACAAUAGCUUUGCAUUUCACCAACCCUUUCCAUGUGAGCACACGUGUUGCAGAUCAAUGCAAUGAUGGUACUUUGCUUUUGCAGGUAACACUGCACUCCCAGGUGAAGGCCACAUUGACUGUCAAUGAUGCUUGGCUUGAUCUUCAAGAUGGAUUUGUUCAUGCUGGACAAGAUGAUGGAAGACCAGUUUCCGGCUUUUUCCCACUCGUCAUAUCUCCAACUUCAAGAGCAGGACUCCUAUUCCAUGUAUGCUUGGGGAAUGGAACAGCUCUAGAUGAAAAUAAGGCUCAACCAGAGAGCAUAUUAAACAUCAGCUAUAGAAUUGCUGGUGAUAGGACCAUUGGGGCACACCCACCUGUGGCUGCAAAAUCGAAUGAAAUUGAGGGUUCUAGUCAGGAUUUAAUCUUCCGGAGUGCUCUAAUUUUGCAACGGCCUGUUCUUGAUCCAUGCCUGGCUGUUGGGUUUCUACCUCUUCCUUCUGAUGGUCUACGGGUCGGGCAACUUGUUACCAUGAAAUGGAGGGUUGAGAGGUUGAAAGACAUCGAGGAGAGCAGGGUUCCUCAAACCAAUGAUGAUGUGCUAUAUGAAGUGAAUGCGAAUUCCAAAAACUGGAUGAUAGCCGGGAGGAAAAGAGGGCAUGUUUCUCUCUCCACCAAGCAAGGUUCAAGGAUAUUUAUUUCCAUACUAUGCAUGCCACUCAAUGCCGGUUAUGUCCACCCCCCUCAUCUCGGGCUACCAGAUAUCGAUGAGGCAAACAUAAGCUGCAGUCCAGCCGGACCUCACCUUGUUUGUGUCUUGCCUCCUGCGCUUAGUUCAUCCUUCUGCAUUCCAGCCUGAUCAUCAUGGAUUUUCCUCAAACUGACUCAAUCUCUGGCCAUAAAAUUUUCACUUUUGAUAAGUAAACUUUGUUCUAUAAAAAACUUUUAACUGUCACAGGUUUAGAUUUGGACCAAAUUUUGUUCCUUCACUGCUUUCACCAGUUGGUGUAAUGUGUUGUGGCUCAUGUACAGAAGAGUUGUGUAUCAUUGUAAUCUGCAGACCAACACGAUUCAAUUCCAAAUGGCUUUAUAUGGAAAUUUUUAUAUAAAA